UAGCAUAGCAUCUCCCCCUUUUCUUCUGUUCCUUAAUUUUCCAUUUCCCUGUUCUCUUAUUAAUUUUUUUUUAAAAAAAAAAAAAGAAAAGAAACAGUUAAUUCAAAUCUCAUUUCUUUCAUCAUCAAUCUCUGUUCAACCCUCUGAACGGCCAACGACAGACAGCUGAGCAGUCCGGAGAAACUUCAUUCCUUUUACCUUUGGACUUUUCCUUCAGCAUAAUUCACGUUCGCUUUCUGGCUUGGACUGUGCUGAUGACAGACUCCAUUCUUGUCAUGGGUAAUACUACUCCAACUGAUACUCUUGGCGUCUUCAAAGUGGACUUGAUCUUCUCACGCAACAAGACCUACAUCCCUCAGCCACUGCUGCCCAUCGUGUUUGCGCUGCAGAAUCCGCCGUUGGCCUCCACCUUAGCAGUUACCAUCAGCUGGAACCUAUAGGAAGAUAAUAACCGCAGUGCACCAGGCGACAUCAACAGCGGAGAACUGGAGCUGUUAGUUUCAGAAUCCGCGUCGACCGAGCCUCUCUCUGUCACCCGGUUUGUCAACACUCUCCCCUAUCCGGACGGCUUCUGGAACUUUACCUGGAGCCUACAACUUUGUAAUUGCUUGCAGUCUGAACGCUCAUCAUACCAAUACAUUUCAACGAACGAUGCCACCAUCUUCACGGUCAGCCAGUCAGAGC